AUGGAGUUGAAUGUUUUUUUAAUCCCAUUGAUGCUUUACUUGAUUUACUUCAAACAAAAUGGACCUAUACAAGGAUUCUCACAUGGAGAAGUGGGCAGUCCUUCAGCUCAUGACCCCCAUGGUGGGUCGUCCCGUGUCAUGUCAAAGCCUUCCCAUUUCAUGCCUCAUAUUUCGCAAAAUUCUCCCAGCCGUUUAGGUCAGCAACCAGUUCAUCGGUUCAAUCAUGGGAGGGCAACUUUUGCUUGGGGUAGUGAAUGGAAUCACAUGAAGGUUCAGCUCCCUCCUUCCAGCUUCAACACUGGAGGCCAACGUUCUCCUGGAAGUAGCUCAUUUAGCAAUAGCAUGCCAUGGGGGCGUAAGGCUAAUCACCCUGUCUCAAACAUUCCACCAGCAUCUCGUGGAAAAAAGGAUUAUGGAAGGAUUGCUUAACAUUGGAAACUAGAUUUUUUAAAUCGUGUGCCAUGUGUAUUGGGAUUGGCGAGAAAAUUGUACUCAGUUCACAUGCUUAGUGGGUUCAUGCCGAGCAAAUGCUCAUCCCAACCAAUGCUUAUUCAUUUGUGCUUUGCAUAAAUAUAAUUUAUGGUUAUUUUUUUGGUUUGUCUCCUCAAUUAAGGUUCUUUUGAUUAUGCUGCUUCAA